AUGGUUUGCCUAUACGGGGUGGUCUAUCUCGUCGUUCGCUCAUUGCGUCCUCGCCUCCUAACCACACCGGCGCCUAAAUCGAUCUGUACGUCUCUCCUCAAGAGGUGAGAAACAAGGCACACACAGGCAUAUUCCUGGCCUCGUUUCCGGCCAAGCUCCUCUCACUUUUUGCUAUUUUCUGAACUGACUCACCAGUAUCUUUUACUCAUCACUCGAAAAUAAAUGACUUGAGGGUUACUAAAUGUUAUUAUGAUGACAGUAAUCCAUUAGAUUUGAAUAACUGCAGCUUUCCAAAGUCAGAGCAAAGAGUUUCAGUUCGUCCUCACAAUAUUUUGAUUGGUCAUGGAGGUUGGAACGUUCUGAGCUUAAUCAUUUAUUGCCUCCUUCCUCUAUAUUUUCAUGUUUCCAGAUCUUAGUCACUUUCACGUUUUUGUUUGAUUUUUUAUCUUCAUUUAUUUACGUUGUGGAGCGUCGCGAAGUGGCUUUCGCAAUUCUGAAAUGUGAUCGCGAAUCAGCUUCUAAUUCUGUAGCAUAUGAAAAAAAUAACGAGCGGAGCCUUUUUUUUUUGAAACUUCAGAGUCUUUCGAAAAUCGAGAAACACACUUUUCAAUUUACUGCAUAAGGACACCGACUUGAAGGUUUUUGGCCAAUUUUCGAACCAUUCUUGCUGCCAACAAGCAAAACUGGACUUCAUGCCACUUUUUAAGAAAGAGCGGUGAUCGGAGGAAAGGCUCCGUGGGCCACUGGAAGAUGCACCCGCUGCUCAUCCGGCUGCUCCAACAUCGGCAGCUCAAUUCCGCCGGACAGUUAUUCACCAUAAGCCACUAUGAAGUCAUCACGGAUCUUGUGAGUCCAACUUUUUUUUCGCAAAAUUUUUCUCAUCUGAAAGAGACGGGAGAUCUGAGUUGACGAGUUUUUGUUUGCGUGCAUCUCCCGUUUGGAGCUUUUCUAUGCACCUGAGCACACCAUUUUUCUUUCCUGCCUUUGGGUCCUAUCGAGUUUCACAACGACACCGAAAUGUUUCUGUUUGGCAUGAAACGAACAGGAAAUGGAAAUAGAGAAGUUGAUAUUAUUAUCGAAUUCAUCGUAUACACGAUUAGUAAAAUGAUAAUGUGGGAAAACAAGAGAUACAGUACUUCCAGCACUCAUUUUUCUGUUUUUUUCUUGUUUUUUUUUCUUUGACGUCACAUCGUUUAAAGCUGACGUAGACACGGUACACUUUCCAUUAGGAAUUUGCAAGACGCAUGAACUGUAGAUCAGGUGUGAAAAAAGGAGAAGAGAAAUAAUGACAGUGUAACAAAUAGCGAACGUCGCUCGUGACGUAGGCGCUGAGUCAUCGCCGACUGGUUUGUUUUCGUCUCGAAGCUGUCAGUUAGAGCCUGAAACCAGUAUUUCACGAUAUUUCAGGACAUUUCACUAUGGAUGUUGCUUAUGAGAUCAAAACUCGGGGGAAGUAGUGAAGGCUCGAAGUAAAAAAUGGGUUUAAGUGUUGAAACGAUUGGAUAAGUUUCACGCAUGAAUAUUCAAGAUGAGAAGGUUGUAUUUUCGAUCGACAAUUAUAUAUACUUCGAUACAUUUUUUAAAAAUCAUAUAAAGGUUUAAGAAAAAAAAAUUUGUUUGAACUUUUUUCUCAUUUUUUUGGCCUUGAAAUUUUGGAAUGUAAGUCUGGCAAAGCUUUUUUCUUAAUACUUUCAAGAAAACAAAAUUUGAAGCUGAUUUAUUUGUUUAGCAUUCAACUUUCUCUCGAAUCAAAGAAAUGUUCAACGACGACGACUACGUCAACAGUCGAGUUGACCAAAGCGUCGUCGAAAUAGUGAUCGCGAGGAUAACCGCCGCCAUUCGGUUAGUUUCCGGGAAAUCGUCCAAAUUUUCGGUUAAGUUUAACGAAGGCUUUUCAGGGAGACAGGCUGCAUCGAAACUUACGCCGCGGAGCUGGUCGACCUCCUCGACGAGUCUCUGAAACACGGUAUGAUCAGCCUCGACGUCGACGGCGAGCAGAUCGAUUCGCCCCAUUGCAAAAUCGCUUCUGACUUGCUCUCGAGUCUUUUCCUGGUGAGCCGCUCUCUCACUCCUGACAUGACUCUGCAAAGUUCUAGCAUUAUGGAAGGAAGUCGGUGAUGACCUUAGCCCUGCCAGUUGCAAUAAAAGCCUUGGCUUCAUCGAAUCCAGAACUUGUUCGGAACACAACAAGGUUGAACUGAAGUCGCCGUUAGGGUACACAAGAAAGCGUUCAGUUACAUCUCCUUGGCGGCGAUUCACAACGGAAAAGCUUUAUCUCACUAUGCCCUGCAGAUAAUUUCGCACAUCACCAAUGGUAGGUUCAAAAAAAGAAAGAUUAUCUCUUGACUGACUUCAGGAAACUAUUCUUUGUUGCGUGUUCUGCCACAGAUUUACGCUGACAAUCGGGAGCCUUUCCAUGCUCACAUUUCCCAACUUCUCGACGUCAGUUUUUUUCGUUGGUUACGGUUUUUACUAGAGGAAAAAACUUGAAUCAAAAUCUUGAAUAAAGAGGAAACGUCUUGGUUUGCAAUAGAAAACAGAGUAUUCUGCAGAUGCUCCACAUGGACGAGGUCGACUGCAGCGAAAAGCUCUCUGUGAUGCAACUGACCUCGAUGGUCGCCAACACAAAGGCCGACGUAUCGUUUCAAACCAUAAUCAAAUGAAUUGGGGCACAAAACUCUCUGGCUAAUAAUUAUCCUCAGGAUGUAGGAGUAUGGACGAAGAAUUCGAGAAUUGAAAGCCCGAUUUCGCAAAAAAAAACUGUUGGCUUGUUUCAAGCAAUAUCAAUCUGGCUGAAUUUGAAUCGGGUUGAGAGAUUCUGGAUGUGUUAGAAGAGAAUAUAGCCAGAGACUAAAAAGGAUUUUGAACACAAAAACUUGAAAAACGACCGAAUUCUUUGGACACGCUGCUUGGCUCAAGAUAAUCAUGUUCAAAAAGCAAAGUUUCAGGUUUUGACGCCCUUCCUGGCCCAAAUCGACGAACAUCUCCUUUCGCAAUCCAUGUGCACUGCCGUCCUCAACAUUUACAUGACUUUCGUUUCGAAGGUCCUGCUCAAAUAGAAACGUGGAACCUCAAAUCGAUGUCAUUUCAGAACAGGGCACACUUUUUGUCGUCCUUUUUACCCACUUUGAAGGCCGCUGCGAAAUCCCCGAGUUUCGUGAGCAAUCGACCAACAAUUUGCAAGGUUCAGACAUUCAAACUUAUGGAAAAUUAGCGUAUCGAAUUAUUUGGGCUAGAAAAUAUUUAAAAAAAAUGAAAAAUAAAAAAAAUUUUUCAACUUUGAAUUUUGUCUUUUUUUGGAGAGACUAAGAGUCUUAAAAGGUUCAACUUUUUACUUCCACUUAUUGAGAACUCAAUUUAAAAAAAUGUUUAUCGUUUGGGUAAAGGUUCAAAAUUCGGUUAUUUUGAAAUGUACAAAUGUUGCGCUUCUGGAGAUCGCAGCAAGAGCUUUUGAACAGACUAAAUUCCGUUGAAGUGAACUGAAUAGAAAUAUUCUCAAGACAAGAAAAACGGUCUGUUUUUAUUUCAAGGUUUUUUUUUUCUUUCAGAUGUUUUGACUCGGUAAACGAAAAAUUCAAAAAGCUUAAAAAGAAAAGAAAGCGGCUUCAUCGUCGUAAACAGAGACUAACCUCUGCAGUUUCUCAUAACUGCGCUCGGAGUAAAACGAAGUCUUCAAUUUCAAUUCAAUCAAUUUAUUUUCGCAACAUCUGGAUGGUAUGUUGAUGCUGCAGGGAGGGAAAAAGACCACUAGGUGGAUUUACUAACUCCAACUGUAAAGAAAAAAAGUUUUUGUGUGAGAGAAGAAACAUAGAACCAUAAUAAGUAGAUAUUUAAAACCAAGUUGAUUAUGGCACAAAUCUGUGAACACUUGAAAGAAUAUGCUCGACGCCAAAAUUUUCUGCAUACACUAAGCUUAGUCUUAUAUAAGAAUAUGUCCUUAAACUUUUUUUGUCUUCCUCUGCCAGUAAUUCAUUUUCAAUGUCAUUUCAAACAUUAGUAAUGCGAUGUGAUAAGAAAUUGAAGAAAACCAGUGAAGGUUUCGUUUUUUCUAAUUUAAAACCAUUUCCUCUGAGCUGACUGGGACGGUCAAAGAUGCUAUGUACCUGGAUAGGAGAGUCUGACCAGCACUUAUUAUGCAAAAACUGAUGUGAUAGCUCUUUAACUAAACGCCUAAACCAAAGAGGUUGAAGACCUAAAAGUUUUAACCGUUCAUUAUAUUCCAUUCUUGGGAAAAGGCGCUUCGUGAAACGCCUCUGGACAGAUUCUAAUCGAUCAAUAUCUGACUUUGUCAAUGGACACAUUAGUUCCGAACCAUACUCUAGAAUGGGAAGUACCUUGGCCUUAUAACAUGUCAAGAAGUUUUUGUUUCGAGAAGCUAAAAACAGCGGAAUAGGUUGUUUAUAAUACGCAUAGUUUUUUUGACGAUAACUUCAAUAUUAUUAUGCAUUUUGAGGUUAGAUGAAAAAAUAACUCCGAGAUCUUUCACACAAUCCUCGUUAUUCACUGUUAUACCAAUAAGCUCGUAACUCGCAACACUUCGAACUCGUUUCCCAUAACUAACAUGGAGACUUUUAUUUGCGGAAAGUAUGAGUUGUCCAUCUGCAAGAAAAUUUUCAAUAGAAUGUAGCUUUUUUUGAUAUCCUGGAACAGAACUGCUAAUCAUUACUUUGCAAUCAUGUUUACUAUAUUUUAACUGUUUACUAUAUUUAAAGAUAAUUGGAAACAUCGGUCGCGUUUCGCCUUCGUUGGCCUCAGAAGCAGUCGAGGAACUCGUGAGACUGACGUCGACGAAUACCGACUCGCACCUGCUCCCAUCGAUUCUCAUCGAAAUCGAAGGUUUUCUUUCCGAUAACUUAACAAGAAGGCCGUUCUGACAUGCCACAAGGAAGAUACGUAGAGCAAGUCUAAACAAGGCAAAUCAAACAAAGUGCGCGCUUCCUUCUUACCUGCCUCCCUCUUUCUGACAAACUUUGAUUUUAGUUUUAUAUGCUCUUCCCUUGUUUCGUUGUGAUUUCGUACAUCUGUGUAUACGUAAAUAUUAUUAAUUCGAUGGUUCCGAACAAAAAAAUCCAAAAUCGUUUCUCCUUCUCGAUGAGUGGGUCUUGCAGGAGUUGGAGCUGCGUAUCCCUCGGCUCUGCGACCUCACAUCGACUCUUUUCCGGCCGACAUCACCGACCACUCCAUCAACAACAGCCGGAUAGUCGACCGCAUCCUAGCGUUGGCCUCUUCCAGGUUCAUUGACAUCCGAAUUCUCCUUCUUAUUCCUUUCUCCAGGAUACCUUCUCCAUCUUGCGAGACAACGGUGAUAGCGGUAGACGGAAAACAAGGAAACAAGGAAAACUCAAUGGAUUCUCUUCUAUCGAAAAACUCGCGCUUCGAGAGGAACAUCAUAACCAGGUUUCAGUUCAUGGGGUAUUCCUGGGAAAGAAAAUGAGUAAUGCAGCGGACCUCGCACUGUUUUCGCGGUCUGCGAUUCUCCAGCAGACACCUCAGCGCUAGAACUCGAUAGGAACACCCAUUCUCUGGCGAUGCAGUAUCAGAACAGAAGCAGCGGCUCCUUGAGCAGACACUCGCGGAGCCACGCGAGCGUCGCCCACUCUUUGCAUGGGUGAGUAGUUUAAGCAAUGCACUACAGCGGGUUUUUUGAAAGGAGAAGGACACAUUUUCGAAUACGAAGAUCAGGAAAAUAAAAAUGGUGUCGUUUUCGUAAAAACAUCUAGUCUGGAAGUACUAGCCAAUGGACCUUUGAAACAGCCCUUUAAUUCCAUUGAUUCGAAAAUUUCAAGUUUUGCGGACAUUCUUUAGGGUCAGGCUUACACUUCUCUUCAUUUUUAGACCCACUUUCAACAAAACCUUUAACCUCUACAAUAGUUUGUCUUAAUAAAAUAAGAGAAAGAGUGAAAGUUAAUUUAAAAGCGCAGCCGUUUCCGCCAUUGAACACGUGCGGCUCGGGAGAAGGACCUAUCGUGGUAGGACGAUUUAGUUUAUCCUAGGCUGUAUGAUUCCGGAAAGAUUUCAUCCACUCAAUCUUCUUCAAAAACUUUCUUUGUUGAAAAAUUAUAAGAAAAAAUUCAGGCAAAGAUCGACUAGUGAGAUGUGUGAAUCGCGAGAAAUGUCCCUUCUGUCAGUCCCUGGAUGCUCUUCAUCUAGGCAAAACGAAAUAGAAGACGUGACGACGUCGAAAAGUUCGAAAACACAGACUCUACCAGCUGGAUUCGCUCCAGUCACCAACAUCCAGGUCGGUUUCGCUCGCCCAAAAUGUGAAAGUUUUGCGUAGAUGAGCAAAGACGGUCGAGUGAGACCUGUGGGCGGUGGAAGGAGACCGGUACAGUGGCCGGCUGGGAGCACGGAAACGACGUUUCCGGCUCAUCCAGGACCAGUCACAACCACCAAAAUGCAUCCGCUGAGCGAGGAAGACGAAUCCAAGUGGAAUGUAAAAAAUAAUCUCAAUUCAUGUGUCGACCGACCCCUCGAAUUCCAGAAUUCAGCGGAUAGGUCCGACCUCGUGCAGCAGUUUGUCGAGCAUCGCAAGAACAAAAUCAGAAGAUACAUAGCCGACCUCUCUGCGCGUUUUCCUGUCCCCGUGCAAUGCACCGUCGAAGGCUCCAAAAGUCUUGCGGACUCUUUGAAAUGAGACGAAAUAAUCGCAACUUUGAAGAUUCCAAGCACCGAAUGGUCGUCCACUUCUCUUGCCAGAGUCGCACGUCGUCCUACUGCGUCUUCACAAACGACUACCUCUUUGCAUUCAAAACUAAAAAUGCCGCUUCCUGGUUGCAUCUCAUGUUUUUACAAGUAAAUUCCUUUCUCUUGUGCUUUUCAAAGUUUGGUUUUCAGAUGGAAUGCUCAGCUCUGGCCCAAAACGGCGAAGUCGCCGGCAAGAAUUCGUCACAGUAUCAAACAUUGGCUCACUGUUGGCAGUGUCUGCCGCAUUUCAUCACGAAAUCAGUUCCGUUCGAUACUUUGGUUACUAGCGCCUUCCCAAACGUCAAAGUUCGUUGAUUAUUAUUUUUCCUUGUUUUCAAUGUGUCUUUCAAAGGACCAAGAAAAGAUGAACAAGGAGCUGGAUGAGGCCGGAUUUUUCGGAUGUUUCUCUCUUGAAGGCUCGUCGAAAUGGACCUGUAUCAGUUGUGCGCACCCAGAUAAGGUACCCAAAUCCAGAAAAACGAGUUAUGUCUCAAAUCGCACUUCAGGUCCGAUCUUUUGUAAAUGAAGGAGCUUGCGAAAAGGUUCUCGAAGGGCAAUUGAAAGAGAAAAAGGGCCGUUGGCGGUUUCUCCGCAGAUGGCAUACCAAGUACUUCACUCUCUCCUCGGCCGCCUUGAACUACAGCUCCCAAGAAGUGACGGUGAUUUUUUUUUUUCUUAUUUUUUCAGUUUCGAACCAAAAAUAGUUUGGAAAUCGUUAAUCACAUCUUUGCAGACGGAGUCACGUUCUCUACUUCCUGCGAUCGACCUGCGUACCGUCCGCUCCGUCCGUUCUCUGAGCAGGGGCAAGAAAUCUCGCAAAUCCCUGCGUCGGGCCUUCGAAAUAUUCACCAGCGACAACACCUCGGUCGUCCUCAAGGUCUGCUGCAGAAACGGCUUUCAAUAGCAAACAGAAAAGUUUGGAAUUAUCAGAGAAAUCUUUCAGGCGACUGACGAGAAAAAAGCGGAAGAAUGGCUGCAAUGUCUGCAGAUCGCCGUCGCACACGCUCGCCGCGAAAAUUCUUAG